AUGGAUGCUCUAUCUACGGGUUCGCUCUCCGGAGCACAGAAAGAAGAGUUGAUGGAUCAGGUGAAACAGCAAAUUGCUAUUGCGAACGCUCAGGAGUUACUGACGAAAAUGUCUGAGAAAUGUUUCAAAAAGUGCAUCAAUAAACCGGGCACAGCGCUGGACAAUUCCGAACAGAAGUGCAUUGCGAUGUGCAUGGACAGGUAUAUGGACGCGUGGAACCUGGUGUCGCGGACGUACAGCAGUCGUAUCCAGCGAGAGAGGAACAACAUGUGAAAGCGACCACCAGGGACUGAGAGCCGUGUGCGAGCGCGUCACUGUAAAUAUAGACGACUUAGUAGUUACAAAGCAUUUGAAAUUGUGAGUUGCGGCUGCCGGUUAUGUUAAUGUGUUCAAUAAAAGUACUUUAGGUUGUUA